AUGUUUAGAGAAAUAAUUUGCAUAUAUUUGCUGGCAUACCUGUUCAGUGGGUCUGAUGCCUACCUACAAGUGAAGGGAAAGGAAUUCUACUAUAAGGGACAGAAGAUAUUCAUAUCGGGUGCUAACAUAGCGUGGAACCGAUUGGGAAGUGAUUGGGGAAAUGGUGGCAAGUAUAGGGAGCACAGGACUAAAUAA